AUGGGAGAGAUGAUUGCGGAAGAUAAGGUGGUAAGGCCGGCGGCAGCUAGGGUUGAGUCCGGCAUCAGGAGGAUCAAAAAGAAGAAGGAGAAUAAGGAAAGUAAGAGAAUCAACGACGAGGAGGCGGUGGUGGUGGGUAUCAGUGACCUGCCAUUCAGCCCUCAUCUUCUUCACGCACGUCUCGAAUCCCUCCAAAAGUCACAAAGAGUCGGCCGAUUGAAGCCAUCACGUAAGGAUGCUGAUAAAAUAGAGGUUACAAGUAGAUCACCCUUGCCAGGUGUCAAGCCAUAACAACUUGAUGAAUUAUUCCUGAUUCCAAAAGAAACAAUCUACUUUUUGAAAGAACAAAUCUUUGGAUUCUGACACUUUCUUUGUAACAAGCUAGGAGCCAUAUGAGUGAAUCAACUUUUAAGAAUGUUAUAAAUUCUUAUGAAGCUAUAAAUUCUGAAAGAAAUAACAUCAAGUAAAGAAAAAGAAGCUUCGUGAAGAAUGGAAACUCAGUUUGAAGCUUGGUGAAGAAUGAAAAGUAAGGCAAAAGUAUUCGUUCAGAAUGGAUUAACAUUUUUUUGUCAGAAUGAUUAGCAACAAUAUUCUAUCAGAAUGUAUUAGUGUUUUACUUAGAUUUCAAUUGUUUUUAUUUGACUUUUAACCAUUCUUAGUUUUAUUCUUAAAGAAUAAAUAUAAUUGUUAACC